GUCUGUCUUGUUGAAGCCCUCCAGCUCUGAAGCAUCACGAAACACUCCACAGGAACAUGCAGAUGGAGGUUAAAGGCUGACGCGUUAACGCCGUCCGUCAGGUACCACGUACCUUUAGUUGAAACCACGCCCCCUGACUGUCCACCGAUUGGACGGAGCUGGAAAAGGUGUUACUUUCACUUUCAAGAUAAGGGAUCAUCUGGACUCCUCCAUAAACCGCCGGAACCAGCUACUGAACACCCGCCUGACUCGGACCUUUGACUCGGACCUUUGACUCGGACCUUUGACUCUUUAACUCGGCUUCACGCGCUGCAUUGAGUCGUGCGUGUUUGUGUACGUGUGCGCGUUCCCGUCAUGCCUGGGCUUCUCUUCCUGGCGGCCUGCGCCCUGCUCUGCUGCGCACACCCCGUGCGCGUCAAAGGAGACGCCUCAAGGGACACAUCAGUGGAGGUCUGGGCCUCAGUCGGGGACACGGUCAUUCUCCCCUGCCAGCUGGAUCUGGCAGGGGAGAAUGACCCAUCGGUGGAGUGGUCCAAGAACAUGAGCAUCGCCUUCCGGUACCGGGCCGGCUGCGAGACCUUCGAGGAGAAGGACCCAGUCUUCAGCUACCGGACCAGCCUCUUCAUGGAGGAGCUGAAAGACGGCAACGUGUCGCUGAGGCUCUCAGACGUGCGGCUCUCCGAUGCUGGAACAUACAAAUGCAGGAAAUGGAGGGCGCCCCAGGACACAAUAGUCCUCUUCGUGGGUGCCGUUUCGGAGCCCAAACUCUCGCUGGUUCAAGGUGUCGCGGUGACCGUGCAGUGUGAAGCGGCCUGCUGGUCCCCGUUGCCCGUGGUUACCUUUCAGGACGCUCAGGGAAACGACGUCGGCGCCGAAGAGCCAAAACAUGUUUUUGAUUCCAAAAGCGGGUGUACCUCCGUCACCAGGAGGGCGACGGUGAAGAACGGCAACAGGCUCACCUGCAGAGUUCACCAGUCUGAGACGAACCAGACGAGGCUCACAGAGAUUUACAUUCCAGAGGAAUGCUUUACAUCCUGGAUUCCAUGGAUCUGCUUCCUCGUUUUAUUAGUACUCAUUGAAGGUGUAAUAAUUGCAUUCCAGUGUAGGAAACGAUGCAAAUCUGAAGGGGAACAUAAAUCGCUUUCCACGCAAUCAUCACACCGAAAUUCAACAAGCAGCAAUGGUCAAAACCCGAGAAGCCAAGCUGACCCCGUCCAAAAUGGCACCGCCGAGCUUCAGGGAGAAGUCGAUGAACUGAAGUCGAGCCUUUGUGUCAGAGAUGAGACCCUCCGCAGACUACGUGAAGAGCUCAGAUCGAAGCAGAGUCCUGUUGAGUGGCGGCUCGGCCAGCCGAGUCACAGAAACCCCUCUGAAUCUUCACAAGAUGUCUCAAACCCCACAAACCUCGGCCCGGAACCGUUGCCCCGAGACGUUGAUCCAAAACCAGCCGCCGCAACCGACGGCAACCGUCCCAACUCUGGCAACUUCACCCAGAACAAAGAUUCAGAAAUCUCGAAACCAAUUCCAUUGCCCGGCAAGAACAACAGCGCUCCUGAUCUUUUGAAGUAUAGCGGUGCCGUGUCGCCCGCCGCUGCUCCAGCCCUCCCCGCAGAGGGAGUCCGUGUAAACCGCUCGAGGAGCGUGUCCGAAGGCGCCAAGCCUAAAAACAACUAUCUAACCUGGUCUGGUAACCGCUUCAGCCCUCUGGCAAAUGUAUCCGAAGAUGAAUCGGAGCAGUUGCUGAAAUAGAAAUUAGUUUGGGUGGCUUUAAAACAAACAAUUGCCUAGCAAUGUCUAUAAAAUGUUGUUUUGUGGGGUUUUCUGUCCCCAAAUAGUGAUGAAUGCAGGUUUUAAUUACAUUAAUUUUGGAUGUUUUCUAUAACAGUUUCUGGUAGUUAGUCUUUUUUUUUUUGUCCAGGCUGUUUCAUUUCCUGUUUGUCCACCUGGCAUGAGGCAGGUGUGAACUUGUGUGGGUGACAAUGAGCCGAUGUGUGCGUGGAGGUGAGAAGUCUUUUUGAAAGACUCAUGAGCAAACUAUCACACCUCUGAUUAAAUCAAAAAAACGCUGCUGACUCAAUGAAAUUAUACGUUUCUAAAGGAAUGUUUUGUAUUUUUUUUUACUGCAAGUUUAGACAUUUACAUGAAUGUUAUUUUUUAUGCAAUGGAACAUUUUACACUCACUGUAAUAACUGUAAAUAUUGACCUUUCAAUAAAACUAGUAAUUCAUAUGUCUAA